GGCAAAAACAAGAUUACGGAAAGAGAGUGAAGAGAGAGAGAGGGAGAAAGAGAGAAAUAAAGAGAGGGAGAGAGAGAAAGACGUGCGCCUGCAUCAGCCGGAGAUCUAAACCUGUGGAUUUAAGCCCGACAGACUCACAAUUUGUAUUUAUUUCACAGUUUAUAUCUCUGGAAUAAAGCUGAGCUUUUUAAAGAACCAAAUGUCUGCACGAAAGGUCUCAAUGAGUUGGAAAGGUUUGUAAAGUUUAAAAGCUGAUACCAGGGAUACAAUCUUGACCUCCAGUGAUUCACCCCUCAACAAUCAGCUGAAAGAGCUGAAGAGCGCUGCUUCUCUGCUGACACGUUGGAUUUGCUUCUGGGUUGUUCUUUGAGCAUAUGUUACUAUUCAGAAAAUAAUUGGCAAACUAUUUAUUUUCCAGAGCAGGGCUCAUAUUUAUGCCCACUUCAGAGUUAUAAAGUUAUGUAUUGGGUUUCGCCUGUUUGUUCACAACGUGUUCGUAAUUGCUGACAUGCCCUGUGUGUGGUCAAAGUAAGCCGACUCUGUGACUCAGCGACUCAGCUGCUCUCUGAAUUGGGUAACACAGAAACAACACUGCUAGGACUGUUUUGCUCAGUUCAUUCUCUUGUGAUGGAUGUGGAAUGAAAGCAGACUUGUCAAGGAAGUCCCACGGUUUGUUUUUUUUAUUUAAAAAGGAAUUUAUGCAUUGCGUCUUUCAACUUUUUGCCUAAAGUCAGAAAUAAAGCCAUUAUUUUUAAAUACAAAGAGUGAAUCUUGGAAAAGUCACUCAGCCAACUCUAAAGGACUUGCUAAAAGUGCUAAAACUCAGGAAAAUUAAGUAAACAAAAAUUGUUUUGGGGGGAAAUAAACCGUCACUGCCAGGAUAUAUUUGGUCAAAAUAUUUUUUUCUAAAAACAUAUUUGCUUUUCAUUUAAGUUUGAAUUGAGCUUGUUAGUUGUAAGGAAACAUUAAUAACUCUUGUGUCAGGUCAUGGCAGAUUCUUGCUCCGAUACCAUUGAUGGUGAGGUUUUAGGCAUUUCUGAAGGACAGAAGUUUAAUACAACCAAAAAUGAGGACUUUGACCCUGCCAGACUACAAGAGAAGAAAAUCAGCCAAGAAGAGGUUGUGGGUUCCACUGAGCAUGGGAGUACACAUGAUGGAAGUACUCCAUGUGUUACGAAAGACGACAGGACACCAUGCAAGGAUCCUCCUCCAACCUCAUCGUCUCUUGAAGAUGAAGCUAAAACGGCUCCGUCGGUCUCAGUGACCAGUAGGAGCCAAGACAAGACUGAUGAUUCUGAGAUCAUCAAUAGCCAAUCCUACACACCCAGCCAAUCAGAAGUGACGCCCACUUUCUCCAUGGCUAGUCUGGAAUUCUCAGAGGAGACUAAUGGGAUACCUCCUGAUGGACCUUUGAUUUCAUCUAAAUCUGCUCAGGAUCGUGAUUACAAGUUUUCACCUGAUCAAGUUGCCUCUCAGGAGGGGGAUGAUGCUGGGGUCUGUGGUGGGGCAGCUGCAAAGGUUAUGGCAUCAGAGCCGACCAUGCCAGCGUAUUAUUUUGUCAAAUGGAUCACCUGGAAAGAGAAGAAGACAGCGAUCAUCACACAAAGCGAGAAUGGACCUUGCCCGCUGAUAGCCAUCAUGAACAUACUGUUGUUGCGUUGGAAGGUGAAGUUUCCUGCUCAGACAGAGGUGGUCACCACAGAAGAACUAAUGGCUCACCUUGGUGAAUGUGUGCUGUCCAUCAAACCGAGAGAGAAAGCAGAGGGUAUGGAGCUCAAUUUUCAACAGAACAUGAGUGAUGCGAUGGCUGUGCUGCCAAAGUUGUCAACAGGCCUCGACGUUAAUGUGCGUUUUACGGGUGUGUCUGAUUUUGAGUACACUCCUGAAUGCAUCGUCUUUGAUCUGCUCGACAUUCCACUCUACCAUGGCUGGCUCGUAGACCCGCAGAGUCCUGAAAUGGUGUCUGCAGUGGGAAAACUGAGCUACAACCAACUGGUGGAGAAGAUAAUAGACUUCAAGCUCUCAACAGAUAGCAGUCAAGUCAGUGAAGGUUUGAUAGCAGAGCAGUUUUUGGAGUCCACAGCAACCCAGCUGUCAUAUCACGGCCUGUGUGAGCUCAGCACAACAGCCAAGGAGGGCGAGCUGUCUGUGUUUUUCAGAAACAACCACUUCAGUACCACGAUAAAGCACAAGGGUCACCUCUACAUACUGGUCACAGAUCAGGGUUUCCUGCAGGAGGAGAAUGUGGUGUGGGAGAGUCUUCACAAUGUGGAAGGGGACGGAAACUUCUGUGACUCAAACUUCAGAUUGUGUCCCCCAUCCCAGAAACCCUCAGCAGCCAGCCAACCCACCUCACAGCAACAGCAGCAAAUGCAGAUUGAUCAGGACUAUCUGGUGGCGAUGUCUCUGCAGCAGGAGCAGGGUGAAGCUCCUGGACCCUUGAGUGAUCUGGAGCUGGCCAGACAACUGCAGCAGGAGGAGUACCAGCAACCUCAGCAGCAGCAGCAACAACAAAAGCAGCAGCAGCAACAACCCUCUGCAGGACAGAUGAGAGGUCAGGCCACCGCUCAACACGGAGCACAGAGGCGUCGAGACAAGAAGGAAGACUCUGAUUGUUGCAUUCUUUAAAUGCACUCGCGUUUUAAAGUUAAAGUCCACUCGCCACCAUAAUCAGACUCAGCUUCAGUUAACAUCUUUCUUCUGUACUUCUGUUGAAACAAGGGACAUUUCUAGACCUGUCGUCCCAAUGCCAAGCCUGCCUUUCCUGUACAGUUGUCCUUCUGUUUUUGCCUUUCCAUUAGCCUCAUGGUUUGAACUGUUGCUCAUCAUUGUCUUCUGGACCAAAUAAAAAGGUAGCAGUUGUUUCUGAACACUAAUGAGCGUUUUUCUGAGUGCUAGUAAGGACCUAACUAUACCAGGUUAAAGUAUUUGAAGAACUGUAACAGUAAAUAAUCAGGUAUUGUUAUAAGACUUUAAUAUUAUACUGAAAUACUACUGUCUGAAGUUGAUCUGUAAAGUUACUUGCCAUCAGCUUUUCAUCUAAAAGUGAUGUACAGUACACAGUACUCUGUGCUUUGAUUUGGGGCUCUGGGGUCCUUUUAAGCUGAGACAAUAAAAUAUACCUUUUCUGUGUUAAUAUGAAAUGUGUGGCUUUUGAU